AUGUCCAUGUGUCAGUUUUCCGUGCCUCUGUUGCUUCCCAACUGUGACACAAAGCAGUGCACACUCAUGCUUUGGGCCAUGAGAGACAUUGUUAAAAAGUACAGACCUCAGUCACUUUCAGAAUCCAUGGGAUUUAUUGAAGAGAGAAUUGUUGUCUCUGAACUUCCAAUGAUAUCUUUUGUGAGACUGGGUGAGUGCUCCUUGUCCAAGUCAGAGAUCCUCAAUGAGCUUCUGAGCAGUUCUCAGCAGUACCAUGACACAUUUGUUCACCACAACAUGGAGGAUGGUGACAGUCCAAGGAGAAUAUCCAAUGGAUUGGUGGAAAUGACUUGGUACCUCCCUUGUGGGAACAAAAACAUGGAUGUCUUCAGCGAGCCAGUUGCUGUAGCUAACCUUCGUGGGGACAGUGCUUCAUUUGAAACACAAUUUGCUUUCUUGUGUCAGACAUCGGCAGCAGUUUUUGUGUUCUUUGAUGCUUUGGACUCUGAGUGUGAGCUGCUAACCAACCAAAACCACAAGGCACAGAUCUUCUUGGUGGGUAACCGUCAAAGCAAAGAUUUCAAAUUAGAUGCUGUAAAAAAGGUAGCAACCAAGUUGGACUUGACUAACAGCAACAUCAUUUUAAAGACUAAGGGCAUGAAUGAUGCAGACUUUGUCAAAGAUUUGCGGGAAAAAGUCAGCAAUGCAAUUGAAAACACACAGAUGAAGAGGGGAAUUGAGAAGAUGGCUGACGUUGCCCAUGAACAUGGAAUCUGUGUUGAUGAAGACUCUCCAGAGUGCCAGGAAGCGAAGAAAAAUGCAGAUGCUAUCACUGCAGAAAUUCAAGACCUUCUUAAAUACAAAGAAGCUCAGCUUCCCUUAAAACCAAACUUCGGGAAAAACAACUCUCAGGACAUGUCGAAGGCAAUGACAUAUUUCAUCAAUGCAAUAUCAAGCCCAGGGAUGGAGAAGAAGGAGGAGAAGAAGAAGAAGAAGAAGAAGAAGAAGAAGAAGAAGAAGAAGAAGAAGAAGAAGAAGAUACAGAGGUGGUAUUUCCUGAAAUGGAUGCGAAUGAACCUCGAUAACGUGUCUCGAGAAAAACUGUGUGACCUCAGGGAGCAGUACAAAGAAAAACGCAAAAACCCUGAUAACAAAGAGAAACUUUCCAACAGCUCAUUAGGGACUGAACACUUCUUCCGUGAAAUGGGGCAGAUCUAUGAAGCUUCCCUUUCCCUUCCUGAAACAGACGCAGCACGUCAACAACUACAGCAUCUCCCCAAGCUAUGUGCUGAGUUAAUGCUUGAUGGAUUUCCACUUGAGCUUGUAGAUGGAGAAGCAUCCAACAUACCUAUCGGAUGGGUGACUGACGUUCUCUCUCAGCUCAAUGACUUGGUGUCUCCUAAGAACAAGAUCCUGGUAGUCACAGUUCUUGGAGUUCAGAGCACAGGAAAGUCCACUCUCCUCAACACCAUGUUUGGAGUGCAGUUUGCAGUCAGCAGUGGUCGAUGCACUCGAGGUGCCUUUAUGUUGCUGAUUAAAAUCAAUGAAGAUGUCAGAAAAGACUUCAACUGUGACUUCAUGGUGAUCAUUGACACUGAGGGCUUAAAGUCACCAGAGCUCGCACAACUGGACAAUAGCCACGAGCACGACAAUGAGCUUGCAACACUUGUUGUGGGGCUGAGUGAUAUCACCAUCAUCAAUGUUUCAAUGGAGAAUUCAACAGAAAUGAAGGACAUCCUACAGAUAGUUGUACACGCUUUCCUCAGGAUGAAAGAGGUGGGCAAAAAGAAGCCCAAAUGUCAGUUUGUUCACCAGAAUGUGUCGGAUGUUUCAGCCCAUGACAAGAACAUGCGAGACAGGGAACUACUCCUGCAACAGUUAAACGAGAUGACCCAGGCAGCAGCCAAAAUGGAAAAGAAAGAAGAGUACUCGAGCUUCACUGAUGUGAUGGAGUACAGACCAGACACUGGAAACUGGUACAUUCCUGGACUCUGGAAUGGAAACCCACCAAUGGCAGCAGUCAAUGCAGGCUACAGCGAGGCUGUUUAUGAGCUCAAGAAGAACAUCAUCCACAUUUUGGGAAGUUGUGGAUCAUCAGCUAAUAAUAUCUUGGAGUUUACAGAACAGAUGAAGAGCCUGUGGAUGGCAGUAAAACAUGAAAACUUCAUCUUCAGUUUCAGAAACAGUCUCGUGGCUGAUGCAUACAUGAAGCUGUGCGCAGAAUUCAACAAAUGGAAAUGGGACUUCAAAAAAGAAAUGUACACAUGGGUUACACAAGCUGAAACAAGAAUCUCCAACUUCGGUACAGCUGCUGAUAAAUCUAACAUAUCUGACAUGAGAGAACUUCUCAUGCUAUUGAAAAGCGAAGCUUUGAAAGAGCUUUCUAAAUGGGAAACAAAGCUUCUUGGAAAUCUGGACCAGUACUUCAAGCAAAAAGAGGGUCAUGUCUAUCUUGUUGAAGGAUACAGACUGGUGUUUAAAAACAGUGCUAAGAGCCUUCGACGAGAAAUGGAAAGAUCUGUGUUUAAUCAGCUCACAGCAGCAGCCGACAUCAGACAGGGGAUGACAGAAGUUGAUAAAAUCAAGGAGAACCACCCAAAGGACUUAGAGGGCAGAGUUUGUGCUUUGAUUGAAGAAUGUAGGAAGACAAAAGUCAAGAUGACAGAGAAAGAGCUGGACAAAGAAUUUGAAAAUAUGUGGAUUAAAACAGUGAAGGAACUAACCUUUAAAGAAAUGAAGGUUGAGGACAUUUUCAACAGUCUGUCUCACCGCCUGAGAACAAAUCUAUCAACCAAGGGAAGUCAUGCAAGUGAUUUGUUAAGUCAAAAAAGCCUGACAGAAUGUGGACUGGUGUCUUUUAAAUAUACAGUUGAAGGAUUCUUAAAUCAAUGUGCAGACAAAGUUAAACAGUGGUUUACAAUACCAGGUAAUGCAAAGGCUGUACAACAAACAGCUGACAGCAUCAUUACAGUUUGCUCACAGAUGGUGAGUGACAAAAUGCAAAGAAAGAGUAAUUACCAUGAUACCUACAUCAAUGAGAUUCUAAACAUGAUUGAUGAGAGGCUGCAAAACAAUCAGGAAGUUGGAACAGACAUCACUUUUGAAGUCUCUCUGAAACAGCACAUCUGUGGAGACGCAGCCAGAAGGUUUCAGAAAAUGCAUCUAGAUUUCCUCCAUGAGAAAGAUCCCUACAGAUGUCUGAAGGAAAACAAAGGAAAGUUUCUUGCUGAUUUUAAAGACGUGUUCCGUAAUGUAGACCAGUGCCAGAAGAAGGCAGAAGAAUUCACAGACCGAUGCUUGAAGCCUGCAGUCGAAGACUUUGUCAACCGCUCCCUGGGUCCUGAUAUCAUUGGUGAAAUGAGGACAAGAGAGGAGUUCAGCAAAAGAAUGUCCUUCCAGUAUUCACUUUUACUGGAUCUGCUCUCAGAGGAUGACUUUCCUAAGUACCUGAGCUUUAUUUGCUCCUAUGAGAAAUAUGUAAAGAAAUGGAUACUCAACAAAAUAGAGGAACACUUCUCAGAUGGGUCUACGAUGUUUGAGGAUCCACAUCUCCAGUCAUGUGUCAACAGAAUAAAUAAUGCUAUCCAGAAAGCUAAAACAGGAAAGAGUGGCAACUUAAAGUCAUUUGUUGAAGUUGUCUGUAAGGAACUUGGUGACAAACUGGUCAUUUCCCAGGAUACUCUUGGGGCCUUCAUGACCCUGAACAAGGCCGACCAGGAACAGUUUGCUCACUGGCUCACUGAGUGUGUGACAGAGAUGGCACAAACUCUUAGAGAGAAGUUUAAGAAAACAAACAUCCAAACUAAACUACAGAGCCUUCAUGUGAAUCCUCAGAACGAGCUUUUCAACAAACUGAUUGGAUGUGGUAAACAGUGUCCGUUCUGCAAAGCGCCCUGUGAGGCAGGAGGAACAGCCCACACUGAGCACUUCACUUCACUUCAUCGACCACAGGGUCUGGGUCAAUACAGAUGGAGUGAUUCAGAAAAACGUUGCAUCGACAUAUGCUCUUCCUCUGUGGACAGCGACAAAGGUUUUCGCUGCAGUGAUACAAAUGAUCAAUCGCACCCUUUCAAGCGUUACAGGGAAAUCUAUCCGGACUGGAAAAUCCCACCAGAUGCAAGCCUCCAGGCAUCAGACUACUGGAAAUAUGUACUGGCAAAGUUCAAUGAUGAGUUUGCAGCAGCAUACAAUGUAAAGCCUGCUGAUAUUCCUGAAGCUUGGGAACUUAUCACACCUGAGCAAGCAGAGGCAAGCCUCAAAGAGUCAUUUCAUAUCAAAUGAGAAACUACAAGCUUUGUGCUCACAGAGGGUCCCGUCCUCCUCAUUACAGUCAUCAUCCUCUCAUGGAUAUUUAGAUUACACUUGAUUUAUAUGAAGAGAAGCACACAAAGUAACAUGCUGUUUAUGAGAUGGCAAGGUUGACCAUAUAUUUCAACAACAACUUACAAGGAAUUUGUAAACGUUUCAGUUUGAUUAAAUCACACUUUAAAUCCUUCUUUUUUUGGUUGUUAUUGUAGUAUCAAUUAAUCAAAUUUGAUUUGAUUAAGUGUUUUAUUUCCUUAAAGUAACUGAUGCACAAAUAUUUGUUUUUAUGUUUUUCUGUGGUUUUGUCAUAAACACAUUAACAAUUGUAAUGUUUUAAAAUAUCAUUCAGUCUUCAUGUCAACAUCAAGAUUAUACAAUGUCUUUAUUUUUAUUUCAAAUAAGUAUCUGAUUCUUAUUAUUUACAUUUUUAUUGACACGUUUAUAAUUGUUGUCUUUUCAUUUCUGAGCUGCAUCAAAAGCCACACAUUUAGAUUUUUAAAUCAGUGAAUGAAUCAUUGUGUUUUAGUGGUGGUACAGUCAACAUGUAAACAUGACAGAAAGUCUGUUGUAAUCAAGUUCAGUUUGACAUGUGACCGUUUCCCAGAGAGUUAGAAUCUAUUCUUAUUUUGUUUCAUUUAUAUAUUUACAUAUUCAAUGUUUAACAUAUCAUUCAAUCUAAAUGUCAACAUGUAGAUUACACAUGAAUGUUGUUCUUACCUUUUUGAGUGCUAUAUGGCAUUGCCUUACCAAAAACCUGAAAGUCUUUCUUUGUUUUCCAAUCAAGCAUUUAGCUCCAAAUAUUUACAUUUUGAUGUUCAUGUUAUAAUAUUUACUCAAAA